GGGGAUGCAGAACAGCUGAACAAGGCCACAAUUUGCCGCACAAUAAGGAGUGUGUGUCUGGCUAUCAAAGCAUUAGCAGAUGUCUUCAUCUCCUUCCCUGGCCACAGAAGACUCUGUGACAUCAAAGAGGAGUUCUAUAGGAUUGCAGAUGGUCUGCAAUGCUGACUGUGUGAUCAGCAAUGUUGUGGCAAAAUGGCCUGGCUCAGUCCAUGACUCCAGAAUCUUUCGGGCCUCUGAAAUCUAUCAGUGCCUAUCACAAGGUGAAUUCUCUGGUGUGUUGCUGGGAGACAGGGGGUGUGGCUGCCAGCCUUUUCUCCUGACACCUUCACAGACCCCCGGAAUGUCUGGCAGCACUGUGUUCCUGUUAGACCACCAGCACAAGCACCAGACGAUGCUGAUCCAGUGA